AUGGCGUCCAGCCGGGUGCUGGAGAGGGAGGUCCGGGAGGAGCCGAGGCGCGCAGCCUGCACCGCAAACAUCGACUUCUGCCCGCACAAGUACUCCGUGCUCAUCAUCGUCGGACGCACCGCUCACCUCGGACACACACAGGCGCACAUCAGCAGGGAGAUUCAGCGAGGAAUCCGAUCCUGGGACAUUGACUUAAAAUCCUGUAACCUGAACCACCAUCUCCAAGAGUUCCUGUCCCACCACACGGCGUCAUUCAAGGGUGCAGGUCAGAAGUGUCUGCGCCACGGCACCAAAGCAUUGGACACUCAGGUUCUGAUCAGUCCGUCUCAGGAGCAGGUUCAUUCAGAGGUGAUUGCUCUGCUGUCGAGGGAAUCGGCUCAGAAGCUCUUGAUCCUCUGCGGACAGACCGUGGAGGACAGUGGAGACCUGCUGUUUCACAGAGGACUGUUUUCACCAAGCCAGCUGAAACAAAUACUGACAGAGCAGUUUCUCGAUGAAGAGAGCUCUGCCUCCUCCUCCUCUAAGCUCAGCCUGACCCUCAGCUGUCCGAACAUCGGCGAGUGGAGGAAUACUCUCUUGGGGAACCAGCCUCCGCAGCGUCCGUUCACUCUCCACAUCAAUCCCCCAGAGGUGCUGCCUGCCAUGGAGGCCCUGGGGGACUUCACCUCACUCAUCUCCGGCACCCUCUGCCCUCCGUCCACCUUUGACCUCCUGCCUCCUCCCAUCACUGUUGGUUUCCUCAAGCUGUCCCGUCCCUGUUGCUACGUCUUUCCCGCCGGCCGAGGCGACUGCGCCUUCUUCGCCGUCAACGGCUUCACGGUGCUGUUGGACGGCGGCUCGGACACUCAGGCCUGCUUCUGGAAGCUGGUCCGCCACCUGGACCGUGUCGAUGCCGUUUUGUUGACGCACAUCGGGACAGAGAACCUGCCGGGAGUCAACGCCUUCCUGGAGAGGAAGGUGGCCGAGCUGGAGCUGGUUUCGGAUGUCAAAGCAGAGGACUCGUCCAAGAGGCUGAUCUCCCCAGAGCUUGGAGUUGUGUUCUUUAACGCCCCCAGCAGGCUGCAGGUGGAGCAGCAGUCUUGUGUGGACAAUGUAUUGAGGAGCACGCAGGAGGCGGCCCUAACCGUACAGUUAUUAAAGAAGUUAGACAUCAGACCACAACCAAUGUUUCGACCGCAGGGAGUCCCCAUCGAGCCCCUGACCCUGUUCCAGAAGAUGGGAGUGGGACAACUGGACUUGUACCUCCUCAGUCCUGGUAAAAACAGCCAGGAGUACCAGACAUUCAUGCAGAACUGGCCUGACUCGGCAUCCGCAUCCAAAUCUCAAGCUCUCCCUCUCCCGGCCCUGGCCUCGGUGUCCGCUCUGCUUGUGUGGCACCCAGCGUGCCCUCAAGAGAAGGUGGUGAGGAUGCUGUUCCCCGGUGCUACGCCCCAGGCGAAGCUGCUCCAGGGGCUGGAGAAGCUGAAGGGCCUGGCCUUCCUCCGAAAACCAACUGUGACAACCGGGGACCUGGAGAGGCUGGGUGAAGACGGAAAGACCAAGAGGACGGACAGCCAGGAUAGUGGCAAGUCCCCAGGGAAGGAUACAACAUCAAAACAUGUAAAAGAGGUGUUGGUGAAGGAAAAGGGAAAAGGUUUAAAUGGAGUUAGUGGAAGAGAUGCUGAUAAAACCAAAAUCAAAGAGGCUGGUGUAAAGCAAAAAGCAGUAACAUCAGAGAAGAAUAUGUCAAAGAGAGCAGGAGGGAGGGAUGGGAAAAAAGAGGAGAAGACUGGCAAUAAAGACGAGUAUGGCAUAACGAAGCAUGAUCCGGUGAAAAAAGAAAGUGUCCCCUCGAAACCAAAGAAUGAAAAUAUAACUAAGCUCAAAAAGGAUGCUAAAAAUGACUCUAAAACAGGAGCGAAGAAAACGAGAAAACCACCAGGGAAGGAGGCAAACGACGGCAAGAAGACACAUGCAAACACUGAACUGCCGAAUAACAACUCAACAAAGCCCAAUGCUGGGACUGCGUCUGACAUCCCAGAGCCGGAGAUCCCUCCCACUGAGCAGCAGAAUCCAAAAGCGGAGUCAGAACCUGAAGAGAAACCCUACGGCUCCAAAACGUCAACCCCCGAGGACAUGACCGCCGAUUUUCUCAAGCUGCAGGAGGAGAGAGUGGAUGAAGCGAAGCAGAGAAGCAGCGAGUCAGGAAAUGAAAAGAGCCUGCGAGGUCUGAGCAAAGAGACGAGUAAGGAAGCUGAAGAAGAAGAAGAAGCAGGUGGCGCAGGGACAGUGGGAGGAGAGGGUGGUGAUAGUGAAGAGAAAGCUGGUGCAGACUUGCAGAGAGGUUCUGGAAACGCUGCCAAACCUGCAAAAGUUGUGGGAUUUCCAUCCCCCUUGAACAAACCGCCAAAUAACGAACACGAAGUCCAGUUAGACCUAACUCCCACUGAGUACACUCUCCUGGACGGCGCUUUGAAGCACAGCCCCCCCUCCCGAUCCUCUCCGGAGAACCAGGCCCCUGUCAGCCUUGAUGAAGAGACUGUGGAGUCGGCCUCCCCGGACUCCCGGCCCAACAGCGCAGGCCACACUCCGUACGGCCUCUCCCCGGACGACGUGUGGUGCAACAGUGCCCCUCUCAGCAGGUUACAGGCCCAGAUGGGAAACUCAGAGUCCGGUGACGUCCACCUGCAGAGUGGAUUGUCCAGACAAAGUGAGGGGCAGCCAUCCCAGAACAAAAACCCUCCAGAGAGCCACGCAAUCCCCAGGGAGAAGCAUCUCAGUUUCCUGUCGUUGGGGACUUUGAAAGACGGACCUUCAGACCCCUCUGCCUCUGUGGCCACCACCACCACCACCACCACCACCACACACUCCAUGCCAGCUGAGGUGAGCUCCCCUCAGUCCACAGAAGUAGAUGAGUCCCUGUCCAUGUCGUUUGAGCAGGGACCAGGCUAUGUGAGCCAUAGAGAGGGGGAUGACAGCAUUCAUCACUCCCACUCCAACGGAGCCCAUUUCGCCACGAUGUCUUUACCAAUGAAGAAGCCGCCCAGAUCUCUAGGUCAAGGUUCAGAGACGGGGCGACCUCCGGCUCCCGGCACACUUCAUUUUGAGUCUUCACCUCAUGACGUGGAUCUUUGUCUGGUUUCUCCUUGUGAGUUCAAGCAUUUCAAACAUCCUGACUCCAGCUCGGCCACCAGCGAACCGUCCAGAGGAGCCUUCUCGUGGCAUCAUCACGGCAGCAACAACAACAACCCAAAGGACACAUCACCCAGCGAAACCAUAGGACCAGAGGACUGCCCGUCCACCACGGCCGAUGGAGCCCUGGACUCAGACUCAGACGAGUCGUGUAGUGAGCCGACGAACUCCCCACACGACCACUGCGCCAGGCAGGCUCUGCCCUGCGACCCUCCUCCUGCCGCGCUCAGGGACAGUCCGCCUCUGCCUCCGCAGCCUGACACCUCCAUGCCUGUUCCCCAGUCUGACCCUGACGCCCACGGGAAGAGAGCGAAAGCCGGCGCCAUGCGAGGGAAAAAGAUGCCAGGGGUUGUCGAGGGUCUCCACAGAUCCGCCUCGGGGAAAAGCAGGACAGGAAUCCAAAGUGGAGUCACCAAAGGGAGCGCCGCUUCCACUCGUACGCCUUCGUCCAGCCCCCGUGCAGCACCAGCUAAAUCCUCCCCCAGUCCCGGCUCUAAGGCUCCCGCUGUCGGAGAAGCCAGCGUGUACGUGGACUUGGCGUACAUCCCCUCCGGCGCCUCCUCGCCAACCGUCACCGUGGACUUCUUCAGGUGUGUCCGCUCCUCCUGCUACAUCAUCAGCGGCGACAGUCGGGAGAGGGAGGAGCUGAUGAGGCAAACACUGGACGCUCUGCUGGAUGGGAAGGCGUCCUGGUCUGACACCGUACAGGUGACGGUGAUCCCGACCUUUGAGUCGGUGCCGAUGCAGGAGUGGUACCAGCACACCCAGGACAGACAGAAAGAGCUAGGCAUCACCGUGCUGGGAUCCAACAGCACUGUUGCCAUGCAGGACGAGACCUUCCCCGCCUGCAAGAUCGAGUUCUGAGGCUCGCUGUGAGGCCCAUAGGUGGAGGGUGAAUAUGAGCUAAAGGGAGUCAAAAGAGUUUUGUAGAAAUGGAGAUAAGGGAGAUAUAAAGGAAAUUUAAGGCUCUUUACUGCAUGAAAAUAGGUAAAAUCCUCCCCAUCCCCUCUGUGGGCUUCUUCUGCAUUAAGAGCCCUUUCUUCUCUUCGUCCAUGGAGAACACACGUCCCUGUGGAGAGGACUGCAUGAUGUUAUUGACCGAUGACCCUGUGCCCAACAGGAGAGGAAACCACACUGACUGUAACACGAGCUGCAAACAUGCAGCUCCACAAAAGCUGAGGAUGUAUUAGUCAGCUUUUAGCAAACACAAGGUUAGAGUCACUUUGGAAUAGUUGUUUGAGUGACAGCAGCCUAAGAUGUGUUUCUGGGCCCAUUUCAGUUCUACCAGUUCACCUGUGAGCGUAGGGUUUUGAUUGAAAGCAUCUUAAAAUCUGAAAGUGCAGUCAGUAAGUCCUGUUUUCAAUUUGAAAGACCACGGCCCUGAAUAACCACAGGAGAAGAAAUUGUUAAAAACAAAAACAGCUAGAGAUUUUGCCUAAUGACAAGAGUGUGCAAACUUUGUGAAAAUAUUGCUUGCUUUCUAUUUAUUUUAUUCACUCAAAUUCACAGCGUCCAGGUGUUUGUUGUGAGCGAACAGGUGAAUUGUGCCGUGUGUCGUACCUGCUUCAGAGGAAUUGUGCCGCCGAGCAAACAAGAUGUUGUGGUCUCCGCUGCCAGUGAGCGAUCAUCGCCCACUGAGCCUGAGAUAAAUGAACCUCAGUGGGCAAAGACAAAUCUGUCAGCAGGGAUUAGAAUACCGGAUUUAAUUCAGCAGCAUUACAAAAGUAAUCUUAUUAAUUAAUGGCACCGUAAUUGUUAUCCAUUACAUGUGCUGAUAAAAAUGCUUACAAGGAGUCAGACCACAAAUGCUUCUGUAGAGUCAUGUGUUGACUUUUUAUCUUAUAUUCAGAAAACGUUAAAACUAUUGACAUGUAAUGUAUUUUAAUCGUGAAUGUGAUGGACAUGAUCAUAGUCGUCAAUUAAGUAGGUUGUCGACUAAUUUGCACAGUGUAAAAUCAAGUGUGAGUCGAUCAAGUCAAUGUAAAUGAGAGAUUUCCAAAAUGUUCUCUGUAAAUGAAGAAUAAAUAAAACGAAUGUUAUAUAUAAUAUAAUUGGAGGCAAGGUAAUCCUGAAAAAGUAUAAAGUAUAAAACCUUCCCUAUAAAUUCUCCCAAAUUUCCUGAGAUACAUUGUGGAAUUUGGUGCCACGUUUCCUAUUAAUUACAUCCUAUUUACGUUAAAUCUGUGAACAGGAAAGUAUACAGGAGAGUUUUUUUUUUAAUAAUAAAUAAAUGAUAAAUCCCUUUUUUUCACUUAGGUUUAAAUGAUGGACUUCCUCAAUGGAAAUAAAAAGUAGUUUAAAUGCUCUCACAUCACUAGUUUCCCUGUAAUUCAGACCAUAUUUCACAGAUUUAGACUCAGUGUAUGUUAAAUACAAUCACAAGUGAGUAACUGGAAAUAUCUGAUGUAAUGUAUUACAUUUUAACCACAUGGAUUUCCUUCUUCACUCCUCUCUGGACGUCACAUGUUGAGAUGUGUAAGAUUCGCAGGUUAAAAGCUCUGUUGCUGAUUUACCUUUAAAAUGAUGAAGUUGACACAGAGAGACACAGAGGUUCUUCAAAACCAAAGCACGAGAACAAAACGACACCACCGACCAUUCUCCUCUUAGUGUGAACGCUGCACGAAAAAGCAUCAUUUUCAAUACCUCUAAAUUCUCCUAAAGAUAUUUUCUAAUUAUAAAAAAAUGCACUUUUAAUCACUCUCGUUUAUCUGCGAGAAGAAUGCAACUAGUUUCUAUUAAGUGCAAUCAAUUUCCUAUUUCACCACUUUCUCAAAUAAUGUGUAUGGAAUUACACUUUUCACACACGCUGUCCAACUCAGAUUCAUCACAACUCUCACGAUCCCUGCAAACCUCAAACACACACACACACACACACACACACACCCUUCCCACAUUCACCGACUGACCGGGAUCGCAGGGUCGAACCAGAUCUGUAACGCUAACCCCAGAGUAGACAAGUGAAUUGUAACUGUAUGUACAUGUAUGUGUCCCGCAUGUGCAAAAGUUGUGUAUGUAUACAUGUGUUGUUUCAUUCAUGAUAUUCAUGAGGACAGAGAGCAAAGCACUGUGGGUAAGCAGAGGCAGAGGAGAGUGUUUUGGCAGAAAACUUGAUGGGAUGAAGAUUGAGAAGCUGUCACUUUGUAAUUGUCUCUUGGGUCGGGGGGGUAAUGUAUGAAUAAAGAAUGUUCAUCACCAUUUAAAAAGAAAAAAGUCUGUUGAAAGUCCCUUCAAUGCAAAUCCUGCGGCGAUGCAGCCUCGUGGAUGUUGAAUAAAAUGAUGAAUGUGCAGCAGCUCAAUUAUUAUUGAUUAUCAUUGCAAUAUUUUACUUUUGAUGUUUCUGUACAGGUCUGCAGUGCGUAUCCUUUGAGGGUCGUGUGUGUGGGG